UUUACGACACUGUUGAUAGAUGGGGUUGUUUGCUGUUGGUAUAGCAAUAAAAUAUAUAAUCAUGCCUUUUAGUCAUGAUUUAGCUUUGUAGUAAAACGCAGCCAUUAAAUGAGUGUUUUUGACUUGUUUCGCGGGUUCUUCGGAGUGCCCGGAGGCUAUCAUCGUGGCCGAAGGGACCCCUUCUUCGAUGCCAUGACUCAUGACGAUGAUGAUGAUGAAGAUGAUGAGGAGGAUGGGUUCUACUAUGAUGGGUACCGGGGGGACCAGCAGGACCCCUUUGACAGUGCCUGGAGGUUUGGCUUCAGCUUUGGCCCAGACGGGAUGAGGAUCCAGGAGCCUCCAGUGUUCGGCCAUGUCCUCAGAGAGAUGGAGGAGAUAUUUUCCCAGAUGGGCCACUGGGACGGACAGCCAGAGUCUGGACACUUUGCUGUGCCCAGUGUCAUGCCACCACCAUCUCAGGACAGAGCUGAGAGGGGAGGAGGGGGAUCCAGUGGAAACCCCCUGAGAGACUUUAUGUUGAAGACUCCUGACUGCGACCCACAGGGGCCUCAUCCAGGGAGGUCUAGAGAGCCCAGAAAUGACGGCUACCCUUUUUCCAAGUUCAGUGAUAUUUGGAGACGGGGUCCACAGAACGUUCCAGUGGAGGAGCAAAAAGAAGACAGAGACCUAGACUCUGCUGUGUCCUCUGGAGGCCUGGAUCAGAUUUUGACACCCCCUGCUGGUCAGGCACCAAGCCAGCCCAAAAUCCGAUCAUUUUUCCAGUCUGUCACUGUUACCAAGGUGGUGAAACCUGAUGGGACUGUAGAGGAGAGGCGAACAGUUAGAGACGGCCAUGGCAAUGAGGAAACCACAGUGACCCGCUCAGGAGGUCCUGGGAACCUGGAGGGAACAGACCCUCAGACUGGACCUGUUCUACCAGGUGGUCAAGGCUCCUUUUCAGACAUGAGGGACGAUGACUCAUUAUUCUCCAAGUUCUUUGGAGGGUUUAAAUAACAUAUAAAGUGAAGUAAACUCUCCGUAGCUUUUGUUCCCUGAAAACAUCUCAGUAUAUGAGUGUUUUCUGUAGAGCCGUGAGUUGGCAUAUUCAUAGGACAAAUCUGUACAUGGACAGAACACUUCAUGACCUUCAGUUGCCAAAAUAAAUGUUUUGGAUUAGGGUCACUGGCCUGCACUGGGUUUCAAACUCGCCACAUAGACUAAAAGCUGCCAAUCCCGAAGACUCAAAUCAGACACCGAAGAAUUUAUGAUUACAUAUUUUAUUUUUGUAUCGUCCCUUUGUCAGGCCUGUUUGGAUAUGAGUGUGUGAUGAAUCAAAUAAAGAAUCUUAAUAUAUUUA